AUGAUUGAACAUCCACAACCAAAGUCUCAUGGCAUAAUUAAACGUCUUAAACCUAUCGUUCCUGUACUUCUUGGCCCACAGAUUCCACGUAAAGUCAGAGAAGAGACUCAAGAACGAUAUAGCCGAGCAAUAGCUACUCUCUUCAUUCCAUGGAGAAGUGUUAAAGAUCUUUGUGCUGUCAAUCAGAGUUGGCGCGAAGCACUUGGCUCUCGACAAGAAAGUAUUUCAACAGAAUCAAAGCAAAUUAUCGAAAAUAUUCAACUCUUGCAUGAUUGCAAGAAAGAUCGCGACAUACAUCUACAACAAAUUAUCUCAAACGUCCAAGCCAAUGACGAAAUAGAUCCUCGUCUUUUGCCUCGAAACAUGUGUGUAGAUGACAGUGACGAGGAUGAUGACGAUUCGGAUGAAAAUGAGACGUAUUUGCGUUUCCUCGAUAGCUUAGCAGAUAAUAAUCAAACGUCUACUAUCAGUCAUCUUUCUGCAAAAGAGCAGCUUUAUCAAGAUGAAGCGCUUCGCUCUCUUCAUGAAGUUGGUCGAUUUUCAAAUUCUACCAAACGUGAUCAACCAUCCAUGACAUCCGCUUCUCUGUCACAUUUCAGUGUCAAAACUCAGGAUUCAGUACAACAAAACACUGCAUGGCAAGCCGCCAUAAAAGCUGAUGCUCUUCGAAGACGACAACAGAGUAUCUUAGAGGAUGCUCCUACGCCACUUAACCAUGUCUCUAAUGAACUCAUCUCAAUUAAUACUACAAGCAAUAUUGCAGAAAGUGCAACACGAAUUGACGACCGAGUUCAGUCUAUUACAACAAGCACACUAGCAAUUCCAACUCGCCGCCAAGUUUGUGAAAAGUUUACGCUCAAUGAUGAGCAAGCACAUGCUUUUUACAUCGUUUGCCGACAUGCCGAUGGAGAAAGUCACCUGAAGACAGGUAAAAACAUCUUUUUUUUCAUACGGUUAUUAAUUAUUUGCUUUUCAGAUGGAAAACAAGACUAAUUGAGUAUGUACGUGCCUGGACCUGGAGGAACAGGUAAAUCCCGUCUUAUCGAUGCUAUCACUUGCUAUUUUGUCGAAACACAACGGAAAGAUAAACUUCGCAAACUCGGUCCAACAGCCGUGUCUGCCUCGCUCAUCGGAGGCUACACAAUUCAUUCUUUCUAAGCGUACGUACGCAGCACUAAACGCCAAAAGAAGACGGUGACAGC